AUGUCUCAGCCUCAUUACACUCUAGCUGAGGGAAUUCCUCUGCCUCGAAACGACAUAAUUGAACAACUGUCGACGGGAUCCGGAGGUGGCUACGUCCUCUUGACAAGCACCCAAUUGCUGGAGAAUUUGGCGCAUUUCUCUCGCGAGAGGAUUCCUGAACGGACCGUCCAUGCAAAAGCCGCUGGUGCCAGGGGCUAUUACGAAGUCGCUGACGAUGUCUCCGACGUGACGGACGCAGAUUUCCUCAACGGGAUCGGUAAGAAGACUGAAGUGCUGAUGCGAAUCUCGACGGUCGGCCCCGCGCGAGGCUCUGCGGAUACAGUUCGCGAUUUCCGAGGGUUUGCAGUCAAGUUUAAGACGAAUGAAGGAAACCAGGAUUGGGUCUUCAACAACCAACCCGUCUUCUUCGUCCGCGACCCGAUGAAAUUUCCCUCGUUGAAUCGGAGCCAUAAACCUCAUCCAGGUACCAAUGCCUCUGACGCCAGCAUGUUCUGGGACUUCCAUGUCAACAACCAAGAGAGCAUUCACGCGCUCAUGUUCCUCUUCGGAGAUAGAGGCCUGCCUUCUUCAGUACGCCAUGUAAACGGCUACAGCGGCAACACGUACAAAUUCACAAAGGAUAAUGGUGCUUCGUACGUCUACACUCGGAUCACUGUCAAGACGGUACAGGGGAUCCAUUACUACACCAACUCGGAAGGCGCGGAAAUCGCUGGCAAGGACCCAGACGCGCAUCUAGUUGAUCUCCAGGAAGCAAUCAACAAAGGACACUACCCUCAAUGGGACGUAUAUAUUCAAGUGAUCCGGCCUGAAGAUAUCUCCAAGGCACCCAUCAACAUCUUCGACAUGACCAAAGUUUGGCCCAAGUCCCUCUACCCACUGCGCAAAAUGGGCCGUAUCACCCUCGAUACAAAUCCGAAGAACUGGUUCGCAGAGAUCGAACAGGCCGCCUUCAGCCCCAGCAACAUGGUGCCGGGUCUCGCUGCCUCUCCGGACCCGAUGCUUCAGGCUCGCAUGUUUGCGUAUCCGGAUGCAGCGCGGUACCGGUUGGGCGUGAACUAUCAGUUCCUGCCGACCAACGCAGCGAAGCCCAAGGUCUACUGCCCGAUCGAGCGCGACGGGUUCAUGAACUUCACACCGAACUAUGGCAUCGACCCGAACUACGUGGGCACCAAGCUGAAGCCCGUCAAGUUUUCGGACAGGACCAGUUCGGCCAAGGUCACCAGCACGGAUUUCACGGCCGUCCAGCAGAUGGACCAGCUCAGCCUGGGCCACCCCGACGAGGUGCAGAUCCCCAGCCCGAUCUCGGCCUUCACCCAAGUCAACGACCAGAAGGACUUUGAGCAGGCAACUGCGCUAUGGAAGAUCAUGGAGAAGCAGGAGGGCGCGCAGGCCCGGUUUGUGGAUAACGUCGCGGCGCAUGCCAGUGACGUGAAGGAGAAGUGGUUGAGGGAGGAAGUCUACGCCAUGUUCGCCAAAGUCGAUAAGGAACUCGGUGAGAGGAUCAACAAGGUCGCUGAGACAAAGAUCGACAACGACCACGCGCACCCGCACAAGACUGCCUGGCAUUGA